GCAGAGGAGAGAGGUGGGACACCGCGGUUCAAAAUUACAUUCACAGAUCGGCGGACUGAAGGAUACACUUAACCCGUCCCGUCACUCCGGGGAAAACUUUUACGACAACAUCAACAACAGGUAUGAGCAGUGCAUAAUCAUUUCCUAUGCAAGGACAAGCUGUGGCUAUACUUGAAUCAACUUCCUUGUGAGUUUCUGAAACUUUGGUUCAGCCAUGAGUGGAAAGGGCUGUCAGCUCCUGGUGUCUCCUUGCAGUGUGUCCCCAUCAAUGAGCAUGAUCCGAGGACACCAGUCCAAAUCCAUCAAGAUACCCAUGUCUUCCCCACACCGGGACAAUCUUAGUCCCUCCUCGAAAAUGGACAGAGUGAAAAGAGGCGACUUUCACUCCUUUAAUCCUGGAAAACAGAGUGAAAGUCAUGUUGUCCUGCCAUCGCUGAGCCUCCGCAGACAGGUUUUGACCAACGGGAAACAUAUAAACAUUUCGACUUCAUCCCCACACCAACAAGUACCUACUCAUCAUCCUUCAACCAAAACAGGGGCAAACCCAAUGCAGACAGGACGCUGCUCCUCUAACCACAGCUUUAAAGCAGGUUGCUCUGUGUCUGGGCCUACCAUGGAAGUAUUUGGUCAGCCAGCCGCUGCUAACCUGACAGUGACCAGUAGCCCCAUGACCCUAACAGGCCACCGCUAUACAGCCGGGCCAGCAGCACAACACCCGCCAUCCCUUCCACACAGUGUGCAGAUUCCCCACACUGAUGCCAGAUCCGUACAAUCCAGAGAAUCCCUGGCAUCCACUACCCUUAGUCUGUUUGACACACAGUCAAUGUUUAGUGGCAGACACGACUACUCAUAUGGUUUCCGUGUGCUUCCUCCACUGGGUCUACCUCAGUUCCCGACCGAGGCCAGCGAGGGAGGAGAGCAGCUCAGCCUGACCCCUGGCACGGCCAUGUCAGGCACGACCAUAUCAGGAGGGACCAGCAACUCUGCCUCUCUGCCCUUGUACCUCUUUUCAGCUGAUGCCGGAAGCCCCCGACAGUCUCAUGCUAAGAAGAGAGCUCUAUCCAUGUCGCCAUUGUCAGAUGUCAUGGGUAUUGAUUUCAACUCCAUCAUACGCACCUCACCUACUUCACUCGUGGCUUAUAUCAAUGGUUCCCAACCCACACUCUCACCUGUCCAAUACGAAGGUUACGGUCACUUCCUGGGUGUGAGAGGCUGCUGCAUCCCCAACGGCCAUCCCUAUGGCAUGCCAGGCUCUUCACAGGCUCUGGCCCCACAUACAGAUUAUGGUCGUAUGCAGAUGCUUGAAGAGGGAGGGGGUCUGGAGAGCCAGAUGGCUAACAUGGUGGUGGACCAGCAGUGCCUCCCAGAGGAAGGAGGGGCACUGGAAAAGACUAAAGGGAGCUGCAGCCAAACCACCAACAACCUGCUGCUGCCUUCACAGAUACAGCCAGCCCUGCUGACUACUAUCCAAGAAGCUGCUACUCCACAGGGGCCUCCACCACCCUACCACUCACACCAGCACUUCCACCUCAAUAGACUUCAAUGCAAAAUAAAGCCCCGUUUGCAGGACCCUCUCACGCACACUCCCAUGGUUCAUCCCAGGCAUGGGGUGAGCUUUCUACCCCAGGUCCCUAUGCUGGAGGAGGAAGAGGGAGAACUGGAGGAAUAUGGGGCCCACUGCUGCAGGUGGUUGGACUGUAGUGCAGUCUAUGACCAAAGGGAGGAGCUGGUAAGGCACAUAGAAAAACUGCAUGUGGACCAGCGGAAGCCCGAGGAUUUUACAUGCCACUGGGUGGGCUGUCCACGCAACUUCAAGCCCUUCAAUGCCCGAUACAAGCUUCUCAUCCACAUGAGGGUCCAUUCGGGAGAGAAACCCAACAAGUGCACGUUUGAGGGGUGUAAGAAGGCUUUCUCUCGGCUAGAAAAUCUGAAGAUCCACCUGCGUAGCCACACAGGGGAGAAACCCUACCUGUGUCAGCACCCAGGAUGUCACAAGGCCUUUAGCAACUCCAGUGACAGAGCCAAGCACCAGCGUACACACCUGGACACAAAGCCAUACACGUGCCAGGUGCCUGGCUGUGCAAAGCGUUACACUGAUCCCAGCUCCCUGAGGAAACACGUGAAGUCCCACUCUACGAAAGAACGGCAGUCACGGAAGAAGAUGAAGUCCACUACUGAUGGGGCUCAGGACUCGCUGGUAGACUGUUUAACCAUUCACCCUCUGCAGCCAAGCCUUUCUCCUCUGGCAGGGAUAGACUCCUCCCCUGGUGUACCAUGUGAAUCAUAUUCUGCUGCUGCACAGGGCCAAGACUCCAGCAAUCCCCACCUGGCUUUGCUGUGCUCCUUACAACAUAAAUACAGGUUUGUUGAUCCCUCCCCCCACCAGCUCCUCCCCAGAGACCAGUGUGGGCCGUGUUCUCCUACCUGUCUUCCGCAUCCUCCCACUGGGACAUCCCUGAAGAACAACCGAGAUCUGAAGCAGCCUAGCCAGCCUCAUGAUCUGGCAGAUCACAAUCCAGAGCUCUCAGGGCAGAUUAAGAUGCUAUAUUGUCCACCACAAUACGUUGGGAUCACAGCACAGACCAGCUCAAGUCACCUGAUGCAAGUUGAUGCCUUUGGUGACAGCAUCGCUCCAGCAGUCAAUAAUCCCAGUGGGAUGGCCACCUUACAAACAGCUCUUUCCUGCAUUACAGGUUUUGAUGUCCACAGUCCAGCACAGGAUGUGGUUCCUAAUCAAGAAUUGCAUGGAGGGGAUUUCUUCAGUGUGGCAGACCAAUGCACAAGCCAGCUCUCCUGCAUCUACACAGAGGCAUGAUGUUGAUCAAUGUAUUUAUAUUUGUUACUUUUGCACUAUUUUGUGUCCCUGUUCCAUUUAAGUCAAAUGGUCAAUAGUAACAACACUUUAGAUGAUGCCAAACUGGCGGUAGCUUUAUUUAGUUUAAUAAAAGGGAUCUUUGAUUGAUGGAUUGAUUGAAAGCAAUCUAAGAUGCUGCUCCCUGUGUCUCUCUAGGAAUUGAUUCCUUUUUCUCUUCUCCUCUCUUCAUAAAUCACUAUAAAUGUACUAUCGGACUCAACACUCACAAUCAAUGUAUUCUAAUGACUAAGCUUACUUAGUUUGCUUUCUCAGUUUUCAUAGAACUUGUGUUCAACUAUGUUCAUUUAGUAAGUAUAGUUUCAAUUGUACGUCUAGAGUCAAACACAUCUACAUCUUCAAAAAUGUAACACUGCGUUUGAAGCAAAGUAUGCAAGGAUCUUUUAUUAAGCUUUUUCUGAGAACCAUUGCUUUGUAACUAUAGUAACAAGACAGCCUUACCAUUUCAAUGUAAUGUUCAUAGACAUAACCUGUUGUUUGAGGAUAAUAGUGUUAUAUGCAAUGAUUGGUCCACUCCAGUAAGUUAUUUACAGCAAAUUACUCUUAGGUCACAUUGUAGUUAACCCUAGCUGAAGUGCUGUCCAAAAAACAUGACAUUGCCAAGGCCAAAAACCAAUUAGGUUACGACCAAAAUGCAAAACACAAGACUUAAAUCUGAUACCCAACAAACCAAUCGGUGACUGUGGGUUCAGCGUGACUAUGCCCACUUCUGUAUACAUGUUUAUUUAAAGUAAAUUCAAUUUCAACCAUUAGACAUCUGCUUUGGUCACCAGCAAUCUGCAAAUAUGAAGUAGAUUGGAAAAACUGUUCUUUAGACAUGCAAAGGACAUUCCCACCUACAGACCGACAAUUUAGCUCUUGGGUAUAUUUGAAAUGGAUCAAUAAAUUAAAUGAUUGGUACCUUGUUGUGGAUCACUACAUCUAAGCUAAUUAAAUGUGUUCAAGCUCAGCACACAGAUCAUUGAUGUCACAAUUCAAACGAAGAAAUACUCAAGAGCUUAGUUCCUGCCUUUAAAAAGAGUGUUGUUCUGUCAAAAGCAAAGCCAAUGAAAUUUGAUAUAUCUGCGGCUGUCGAAAAGAAUGCUACAAAAUCG